GCAACUUGAGAGGUAAGGAAUAAAGAGAGAGAGAGAUAUAUAUAUAUAUAUAUACAUACAUACACUCUCCUAUCUGUAGGUAUGUUUAUUCUAUUAUGCUCGGAAUGGGGUUGGAGAGUUGGGUGAACCUGGAGCCGGAGCCUAUUAGUGCCUAGAGAGAGUUACCCGAGACGGGAUUACAGGCAUUCGAGGGAGGCGGUGAUCUUGCACAUAAUGCUUACCUGUGUUCGGUGCCUCGGAGGCGCGUGCCGUCAUUAAUUAAGGACUUGGUAACCGUGGCUGAUUAGAAAUAAACCGGGUUGGCGUGGGAGCGACAGCCGCGACCAAAUUCCUACGCUUUGCUGCCCGGAUAUUCUCCCUGUCUCCCUGCGGUAUCCGGAUCGCGUAGGGGCAGAGGCAGACGGACGCGUACCUCCCUAGCCUACCACCUCCACUCUACUCCCAUCUUCACCUCGAGCGUCUUCGAUACGUUGACUGGCCGAGCUACCUACAUAAUUCCGACUGCCCUCUAUGCAGCCCACGGCAGCGUAAGCGUAAGCGUAAGCAGUCGCACGGUAGUAUUGUCGCAUCUACAGCGACGACGGCAUUCCCUAAGACGCGCACGACUCGCAGCGGGCGGUGACGUGCUGUGCGGGUCUCGGAGGCAGCUGGAUCUCGAGCCAGGGAACGAAUGCGUAACGCGCGCUCGUCUGCAUGCUGGGCCUCAACGCGCGCCCGACGCUCCGGGGCCGGGCGUCGCUGGUGGACCUGCUUCGACGGGGGAACGGCCAAAGUCCAAGUCCCCAUUCGAGUCGACCCAGCACGCCCUCGCUGCCGCCCAGCCCGCUGCCGUCGCCAGCUGCCGACAGCACUACCACCACCGCUGCCAGCUCCUCCGCCGAGGCGACAGCUGGCACCAGCGCCACCACCACCACCACCAUUACCACCAGUUUAGCCAGCGCUACAGCUACUGGUCACUUUCCAACUACAACAUCCAUAAUCACAGCUAUAGCUGCAACCCCGGCUGCUACUCCAGCUUCCACCACCACCACCACCACCACCUCGCCCUCAUCCCUCCCCUCGCCCCUCCUCCUGCCCUCGGCGUCGCCUCGCCUCUCCGUCCCCUCUAUCUCUCUAGCCGUUCCCUCCAUCUCUCUAGCUGCCGAGCAGCCCAUUCCUCGACAACAGCCUCCCAAGAUGGCACCGUCGGCGAACGCCACCAAUGGCGACCGCGACCAUCUCAAUAGCGGCAAGAUCUACUCCGUAUCCGGUCCUGUCGUGGUCGCCGAGGAUAUGAUCGGUGUGGCUAUGUACGAGCUCGUCAAAGUAGGCCACGAUAACUUGGUUGGCGAAGUCAUCAGGAUUAGCGGUGACCAGGCCACGAUCCAGGUCUACGAGGAGACCGCUGGCAUCACUGUCGGUGACCCCGUCCACCGCACCGGCAAACCCCUCUCCGUCGAGCUCGGCCCCGGCCUAUUAAACAACAUCUACGACGGCAUCCAACGACCCCUCGAGACCAUCUCCCGCCAAUCUCAGAGCAUCUACAUCCCCCGUGGCAUCUCCGCCCCCGCGCUCGACCGAACCAAGAAGUGGGAGUUUACUCCGAGUCUGAAGGUCGGCGACCACAUUUCCGGCGGCGACGUCUGGGGAACAGUAUUCGAAAAUUCUUUCAUCAAGGUGCACAAGAUCUCGCUGCCGCCGCGAGCCCGCGGCACCAUCACGAGAAUCGCCCCCAAGGGCGAAUACACAGUCGACGAGAAGAUCCUCGAAGUCGAGUUCAACGGCACCAAGACCGAGUUCGGCAUGAUGCAGACCUGGCCCGUCCGUGUACCGCGACCGACCACCGAGAAGUUGUCCGCCAGCAACCCCUUCAUCGUCGGCCAACGCGUCCUCGACGCGCUCUUCCCCAGCGUCCAGGGCGGUACCGUCGCCAUCCCCGGCGCCUUCGGGUGCGGCAAGACCGUCAUUUCCCAGUCCGUGUCCAAAUUCUCGAACAGCGAUGUCAUCGUCUACGUCGGAUGCGGCGAGCGCGGCAACGAGAUGGCCGAAGUCUUGAAGGAUUUCCCCGAGCUGUCCAUCGACGUCGACGGCCGCAAGGAGCCCAUCAUGAAGCGAACUACCCUGAUCGCCAACACUUCCAACAUGCCCGUCGCCGCCCGAGAAGCUUCCAUCUACACCGGCAUCACCGUCGCCGAGUACUUCCGCGACCAGGGUAUGAACGUGGCUAUGAUGGCCGACUCGUCGUCGCGAUGGGCCGAGGCCCUGCGUGAGAUUUCCGGUCGUCUCGGUGAAAUGCCUGCCGACCAGGGCUUCCCGGCUUAUCUCAGCGCCAAAUUGGCCAGUUUCUACGAGCGUGCGGGCAAGACGGUCUGCCUCGGCUCGCCCGCGCGCGAGGGUAGCGUCAGUAUCGUCGGCGCCGUCAGUCCUCCCGGUGGUGAUUUCUCGGAUCCCGUCACGAGCUCGACGCUAAGCAUCGUGCAAGUCUUCUGGGGUCUCGACAAGAGGCUGGCCCAGCGGAAGCAUUUCCCGUCGAUCAACACGUCGGUAUCGUACAGCAAGUACACGAACACGCUCGACAAGUGGUACGAGAAGGACUUUCCCGAGUUCCCGCGGCUGCGCGACCGCAUCAAGCAGCUGCUGUCCGACUCGGAGGAGCUGGACCAGGUGGUGCAGCUGGUGGGCAAGUCGGCGUUGUCAGACCCAGACAAGAUCACGCUCGACAUGGCGACGCUGCUGAAGGAGGACUUCCUGCAGCAGAACGGGUACUCGGACUACGACCAGUUCUGCCCGUUGUGGAAGACGGAGUGGAUGAUGAAGCUCAUGGUCGGCUUCCACGACGAGGCCCAGAAGGCGAUCGCCCAGGGCCAGAGCUGGGCCAAGGUCCGCGAGGCUACCGGCGACCUGCAGGCGCAGCUGCGCGGCCUCAAGUUCGAGCUGCCCAGCGAGGGCCAGGAGGCUAUCAGCAAGAAGUACGAAGCCAUCCUGCAAACUAUGCUGGACAAAUUUGCCUCGGUCGUGGACGAGUAGAGGAUGAGAACAACGAAGGAAGUAUCGGAUCUAUAUAGCACGUCUUGGGCGUUUUGUUAUUUUUUUUUCGAGUCCCCGCUGAUCGAACUUACCCCUAUUUGGAGAGAAAACAGAGAGAGAGAGAGUGUGUGUGUGGGUGUGUGUGGGUGUGUGUGCGUCUGCGCGUGCGCAUGUACAUAGCCUAGACCGGGGACGGGAGCAAGUCGAGAGGGACGAGUUGGGAGAGAAGAUGAUGGGUGGCCCCUCGCUCGGUCUCUUCUCCGGAUCCGAGUCGAGAGGUCGCAGACGAACAGAGGGAGCGCCGGAAAGGGGAUAGAGAGAGAGAGAGAGAAUGUGUGUGUGUGGUGGCUGUGGCGGAGAGAAGAACAACGCUACUGCUGCCCGCGCGUAUUUAUAUAUCACCACACAUGAUUUACCCUCA